CCACCUUUGAAAAAAAAAAUUCUUCGGGGUCACUUAAGCCUUCGAGGCCUAUAAACGGCCGCUUCAGACUCGGUCUACUCGUGCAGAGAGAUAUCUCAGCACCAUUCUCCCUAGCGAGAGGGACACCAUACCGCAACCAUGUCGCCGAUCGUGCAUCUAUCGCGCUAUGUCAGGGCCAGUAUUUUAUGCUCCCUUGGGGGGUUCCUGUUCGGGAUGGACACCGGCAUUAUCGGAUCAGUGGUCGUCAUGGAGCAAUUCACACAGAAGUUUGGCUCCUUCUCGUCUAUCGUUCACGGGCUCGUCGUCUCAGCCAUCUUGAUCCCCGCCGCUUUCUCCUCGUUCUUCGGCGGCAAACUGGCCGAUUGGGUUGGACGGCCCAGGGCCAUCAGUCUGGGGGCGCUCAUCUUCGGGGUCGGGGCGGCCAUCGAAGCGGGCGCUGUGCAUCUGGCCAUGUUCAUUGUCGGCCGUGUCGUGGAGGGACUCGGGGAGGGUCUGUAUCUGGGGACGCUGGUUGUAUACAUCUGCGAGAUCUCGCCUCCGAAGCAGCGAGGCCCGCUCACCACUGGCCCGCAGCUCUUCGUCACGGUGGGCCUCGUCGUCGGCUUCUUCACCUGCUACGGCUGCGAGCGCCUGCACUCGUCCAUGGCGUGGCGCGGCCCCUUCACUCUCCUGGCCGGUGUCUCCGUCCUUUUUGGUCUCGCGGCGUUCCUGUGGCUGCCCGAGUCCCCGCGGUGGCUCACCCUCCACAACCGCUCCGACGAGGCCACGCGCGCCUGGGAGUAUCUUCAAGUCAGCCCGGCGGAUCGGGAGGAGUUGAGCGAAGAGGACGACUACGAAGUUCACGAGGAGGCCGUCACGCACCCGCUGGCGCCGACGGGGAGCACCCUGGCCCCGAACACCCUCGAACAAGUCCUCUCGCGCCGCAGCGAGAGAUCAUUCCCGACGAAAGGUGGCCACCAGACCAGCCUGUUCGACGCGUUCAAGCCGGACGUGCGCAACCGGACGCUUUUGGGUCUAUUCCUGAUGUCCAUGCAACAGCUUGCCGGGAUUGACGGGGUCCUCUACUACGCCCCGCUCCUUUUCGAACAAGCAGGCAUGACCUCCGACCAAGCCAGCUUCCUCGCCUCCGGCGUGUCGGGGAUCGUCAUCUUCGCCGUGACGGUGCCCGCGCUCAUCUAUGCCGACAGCUGGGGCCGGCGCCACAACGUCAUUCUGGGCGGCCUGGGGCUGACGGUCACCAUGCUGGUGAUCGGUGCGCUGUACGCCGCCGACGCCGUCCACGAGUCCACGGGCGCCGGCCGCUGGGUCGUCAUCAUCGCCAUCUACCUGUUCGCCGCCAUCUACAGCGUCUCCUGGGCCGUCAGCUGCAAGGUCUAUGCCGCCGAGAUCCAGCCCCAGCGCACCCGCGCCUCCGCCACCUGUCUCGCGCACGGCGCCAACUGGGUCUCGAACUUCUUUGUCGCCUUGAUCACCCCAGUGUUACUGGCGAAGAGUAGCUGCGCGGCGUAUUUCUUGUUCGGCGGGUUUACGCUCGUCACAGCGGCGGUGUGUUGGGUGUGGAUGCCGGAGACGAAGGGGAAGUCAUUGGAGGAGGUGGAGAGGUCGUUUGUCAGGGGGAAGGAGGGUUAACUGGGGCUUGGUCCGGUCGGGGCUGUGUUUGGGAUGUGAUGCUGGUUGUCGUACUGUUUUGAUUCUCAUCGUAUUAGCCUAUACAAAAAAGCCGGUUGUCCACGGCGGGCUGUUUGGAGACAGG